UCAAAGUAAAAAAUUAUGCAUUUGAAAACCAUGUGUACGAAUUAUCAAAAGCUAACUUCAUAAAACAUCUAAUUACGUAAUUUGAAUUUAAUGUUUUCUAGGAAAGUACACAAUGGAUCCAAUUUAUAUGGUAUAACAACUAAUCGAUUGCUGUAAUUGUUUGCACAUGUCAUCGCACAAACACAAGAGAAAGCUAUUACCUAAUGGUAAGUGGGAGGAUCGAUGGAGAGAGGCGGCACGUGGCUUGGUCUGCUGCCUAGUUGUCUGUGGCAUUUGUCCACCUACAGCCCUCUUUACCCGUCUGCCCAAAUGGGUGGACGGCUUAAAUGUGGUCGUUCAUCUAGCUUGGUCACCACUUACGCGUGGUUCGAGCUCUCGCAACCAACAGCCAUUCCUGAAUUCCAGCAUUUGACAAGUGUUAAUGGAGCACUCUACGCUGCCCGGAUUUGUCUGGUGGGCCACCAAAUCAUCUGUCUUUUGGCUUCACAGGAACUUCGACGCACCAUCCCUGAUCUCCUUCCCCGUCUUCAAUUACGUUCAUUUGUGCCCUUCACACCAACAGUACUUUACUUAGGCGUUUUAAUAAUGUACUCUUGCAUAUGGCGGAAUCCAUUUAGCUCUUUUGAAAACUUGCCGCUGAUAUUCUUUUACAUCUCGCUGAGCGGCUGCAUCGCAUUUGUGGGCUUGCAGACAGUUUCAAUUGAAGCCUUUCGCUAUAAGUUGAAAGCUAUGAACGAUUUACUGGAGUGCCAUCCCAAAAGGCAAAUCGAUCUUGAGCACAUGCUGGCCCGAGUGGCCAAACACAGGGUGCAGUUUAAUUCGCUUAUUGACGAUGUCAACCGUGGCCUGGGACCGAUAUUAGCGACCACAGUUAUAGUGCUCUGCAUUCGACUUUCAUUUGGCAUCUUCUCGAAUUUCGCAAUGUCUACUCUGAUAAUUAACAAGGACGCAGUGCCAAACUUCACUUCUCUUUUUCUAGUUUAUCCUCGGACAGCUGUUAAAAUCAUUGUUCUUGUCUCCCUCGCACACGCUGGAGAACGAUUCAAUAGCGAGAUUGCAAGAAGUUCACAUUUGCUGGAUUGUAUAUCAACCUCAAAUCAAUUUUAUCCACCGAUUGUAUUUUACCAGAUUGAGAAGUGUAGAAGCGUUAUUGAAAAGCGCAAUGUGGCUUUUACUGGAUGGGGAAUAAUGAACAUAGAUCACACUCUACUCGUCGUGAUGUUUAAUUUCAUAUUUAGUAUGGUGAUGGUACUCAUGCAAUUCCAAAUGAGUGAGACGGUUUCGUCGACUGAAUCUCAUGGAGGGAAAUUAUAAGAAAUACAACAUUAAGAAUUAAACACUGUGAAAUGUUUUAAACACUGUCCGAUGUACUCAUGGUUGGCUACGAUACAAUCCUCAUUUCCCACGCAACUUUUGCGCCGAUCGUGGCUUGAAUUUGAGCAUCUAGCGAGUAAAAUUUCAACCGCAAGACACUUGUAGUUCUGGAGUGAGUCGAGUAGGGAGCGCAUUUUCCUGCUUAGCUCAUUUCUAUGUUGAUUAUUCUCCUUCUAUUGUUCUUGUAUUAGUUCUCGUAUUGUUUGUAACUCGUUUUAAUA